AUGUUAUUCAAAUCAUUAAAUCAAUUAUUAUCAUCAUCACCAUCAUUAAUUAAAUCAACAGGUUUAAUUAAUAAACAAUCUGAAUCCUCUGGUUUAUAUGAAUUAAAUGAAACAGUCGGAACAAAUAAACAUUACAAUGCAGCAGUAUUCACAAGACCACAAAUGUAUAGCUUUUAA